UGUAUCAUUUCUCAUAUAGCACCCGCUUGACUUUCUCUACUUAUUUAUUCGAGAACUUGCCCCUUAUGCUGGAUUUCAGCACCUCCCCCAAGUGUCUCCAUCGUCAUCGCUUCCCUCCCCUCUUUCUCCGACUCUAGUUUCCUCUUCUCUUCUCUUAUCAGAAACAUGAGCGCUUUGAGCAUGAUAGAGGCAAGGCUGCCUCCAGGUUUUCGGUUUCAUCCACGAGAUGACGAGUUAGUCUGUGACUACCUUGAAAACAAAAUAUCUGGAACCGAAAAUGGAACUUUUCACUGCUGCCUCAUGUUGGUCGACGUUGAUCUCAACAAGUGUGAACCGUGGGAACUUCCAGAAAUCGCAUGUGUUGGAGGAAAGGAGUGGUACUUUUUUAGCCUUCGCGAUCGAAAGUAUGCCACAGGGCAACGCACAAAUCGAGCAACCGAAUCUGGUUAUUGGAAGGCAACAGGGAAAGAUCGACCUGUGAUGAAGAAGGGAGUACUUGUAGGAAUGAGGAAGACUCUAGUAUUCUACGAAGGAAGAGCCCCUAAAGGGAAGAAAACCGAUUGGGUCAUGCAUGAGUUCAGAAUAGAGACAAAUUCAAAAAAUUCAACAAAUCUUUCCACCAAAGAGGACUGGGGCUUAUGUAGAGUGUUCUUCAAAAGCAGAGGCACAGCUCCAAACCUGAUAGAAACGACCGUACAUCACUACGAUCACAACGCCUCUUCUUCCCUCCCUCUAAUGGAUACAUACAUCACAUUUGAUCAUGCAACAGGGAAUCACAACCAGACCCAGAUGAGUAACUUGCAGGGGUUUCAUCCAGUGCAACAUGUUCCUUGCUUCUCUAACCCGCUUUCGAUGCUCACCACAACCAUGUCCCAUCUACCGGUCCCGCCAAUGCAGUCUGCAUGCCAACCGCCUGCCGAUAUCGACGCCUUCCUGAUGAACCCUACUUGUGAGAUAAAGGUGAUAAAGGCUGUGCUCAGUCACCUCACCAUGCUUGAGGGAGGGCAAAAGAGGGAGGCUUCUAUGAGUUCAGGAGAUGGCCUACAAAACAAUUGGUAGCUUGUUCAACCUUAAGGAGAAUUUAUAUGUUUGUAUGGUUAAAAUUAACAUAUUAGGAACCUAGCUAGUGUGCUAUUGAGCGUAUACAAACAAAGCAUAUACAUAGAUGAAUAUGUAUAUAGAUUACACACCAACAUGUAUUUGCAAU